AUGGCGGUGAUAGGAAUCGACACGCCUGGGCUAGGCCUGGGCAGCCUGCUCAUGAUAGCUUCGCUCUCGCCGCCGCUCAAGCUCAUCGGCUACCUCCUCAGCCAUGUCAUUUAUAACGUCUUCUUCCAUCCCCUCCGGAAGUUUCCCGGGCCCUUCUGGAUGAAAGCGUCGCGCAUCAGCUACUGCUACCGCCUCGUGACGGGCCGGCUCCCCUUCGACGUCCUCGAGCUGCACCGCCAGUACGGCGAGGUGGUCCGGAUCGCGCCCAACGAGCUCGUCUUCGCCAACGCGCAGGCAUGGAAGGACAUCAUGGGCCACCGUGGCCCAGAGCCGACGACCGUAAUAACUGCAGGGCGGGAGGAGCAUGGCCGGCUUCGUCGGCAACUCGCCCAUGGCUUUAGUGACCGUAGCAUGAGGGAACAACAACCCAUCAUCAUCGGUUAUGUGAAUCUUCUGAUACAGCGGUUGCACGAGAGAUGUGACGACGGCAAAGCGCCGAUCGACGCUGUAGCUUGGUACAACUACACAACCUUCGAUAUCAUUGGCGACCUGGCUUUCGGUGAGCCAUUCGGCAGCCUCGAAGCCGGCGAGUACCACCCUUGGAUUGCCAUGAUCUUCCAAAGCAUUAAGAUCGGUACUUUGUUUCAGACAGCUGGGUUUUUCCCAUGGAUCAGGACUGUCUUGAUGUCGAUGAUCCCGAAAUCUCGUAUGAAGAAGAGGGAAGAGCAUCUGAAACUCACGAAGGCCAAACUCUUGAAGCGCAUGGAUCUCGGAUCCGAACGAAACGACUUGAUUGAGGGCUUGUUGAGGAAAAAGGACGAGCUAAACCUCGACAUUGACAAACUUCAAUUCAACUCGUCUUUAUUGAUUAUUGCAGGGUCAGAGACGACGGCAACUUUGCUCUCAGGGGUGACGUUCCUCCUCACGACCAACCCAGAAGCCCUGCGGAGACUUACAGAUGAGGUGCGGUCGACGUUCAAGACAGAAGAGGAGAUCGACUUCAGUUCCGUCAGCACCUUGCAGUAUAUGCUCGCCUGCUUGGACGAGGCUCUUCGGAUGUACCCACCAGCACCACUUGGCCUUCCUCGUCAGACACCGAAAGGGGGUGCAAAGAUUGCCGGUCACUACGUGCCAGAAGAUACGGUGGUGUCGCAAUACCACUACGCUCUCUACCACAAUGAGAAGUUCUUCACGAAACCAGAAGAGUAUCACCCGGAGAGAUGGCUUGGGGAUCCGAAGUUCGCGACAGACGAUCGAGACGUAUUUCAGCCCUUCCAAAUAGGUCCAAGAAAUUGUAUAGGGAAGAAUCUGGCUUACAUCGAGAUGCGCAUAAUUCUCGCGCGUGUGCUGUGGAACUUCGACUUGAAGCUAGCAGAAGACAGCAAGGACUGGUUGAGCCGGCAGAAGAUCUACCUGCUCUGGGAGAAAGCUCCGCUGCACGUGUAUCUGACGCCAAGGGCGCAAGCCAAGGAGUGA